AUGAAGAACACGAAGAUGCUGCUGGAGCUGGAACUGAUGCCUCAGUCGCCUGCAGAGGCUUCAAGUAAAGCUCCCAACCAAGAGGAGAAUAGCUUUUACUUGCAGAGACACAAGCUGUCGGAGUACUUCAAGGCGCUGCUUUCUGCCAUGCUACGCUGGAAGCCGUCUGAUCCCUAUGCCUGGAUGCUGGGACA